GGCUGAGACAACCAACCAGUGAACAGUGAAAAUAUAAUUCCCAUUAGUUCUAAUGGGAUUAUUCAUCCUCGCUCGGCCGGACUGAAUAAGGAUAGUCCAAUUAGAACUCAAGGCGCUAGAUGCUCAACACAGAACUGCAGUUGCUGAAAUGAUUCACGAGAUGUCCAAAGACGCGCAAUUCAUCACAACCACAUUCAGACCUGAGCUCUUACAGAACGCCAAUAAGUUCUAUGGUGUCAAGUUCAGAAAUAAGGUCAGUCACGUGGAGUGCUGCACGAGAGAAGAGGCUCAUGACUUCGUUGAGGAUGACACCACCCAUGCUUAAGUGUAGAGACAUUGCAAUGUGUACAUCUUUAGUGUUAGAACUUGAUUUUCCAACGGACGUACUAAACUGCCAAGCAUAAGUAUUUCUAUUCUGUUUUUAGCAUAUGUAUGUAUUUUCUAUCAUGUAAGUGAUAAGUUCAAAUCCUAGGUUUUGUAUCAAACAUUACAACUACUGGAAAAAUGUUUAUAUAUUAAGAGAGUACAUAUACCAAAGUGGGGAGAGGUAUAUUUUUUCUACUGAAUAAUUUCGUUCGUUCUAAGAUGUAAGAUUUCACAAUAUUAUUACUAUAUUUUCAUCAGUUUACAUAUAAUCAGCAUUUUUGAAUGCAUCUAUGGACCGGCUUUCAUUUACACUUUGGCAAAAUCUAUUUUGGUAAAAUUACUGUUUUCACUCCAAAAACAAAACAGUAAAAUUUGUUAAAAGUAAACAAUACUGUAAAAUUUACUGUAUUCCAUGAUAACGAAUAGAUAGCAAUAUACGGAAUGAAACGACUAUUUUCAUCCUCUGCUUUCAACCUCUUAGAGGCUUGCUUUCGAUCCCAAGAGGCUGAAAACAAUGGAGAAAAUCAGAACAAAGAAAUAUUCCACUUUCAAACAAUUUGUUUUAGCUAAAAUAUUUUGCUUGAUGUUCAACUGAUUGUAUCUGGGUGUUUCAAGCAAAAUGAUUUCACUCAAUACAAAUUGUUUCCUUAACAAAUUAUCAGAAAAAAAUGCUCGCCGGUCGUAGAUCAUUUUGAAAUUCAAUGUAGGUGGUUAAUAUUAUAUUCAUCUAGAAAGCUGAAUGAUUUCGUCAUACAUUAUCCUAACACCUCAUCUUCAAUUGAUGUAUAUUGAUCUGAAAAAUCCAAUCAUUCAGCCCUCGCUUUUAUUUAUCUUCUAUUUUCAUCCAAUAAAUCGAGUGAAGGAACUUUCUUUCAACAAUAUAGCUUUUCUGUGUAACAAUGUAAUUAAGUUACUAAUAAUGUAGUAGCUGUUCAUUUUAUACAAUGUGUGUUAUAAUGUAAAUUCGAUGUCUACUGUGACUAUAAGAUAUUGUAUCAGCUCCAAUUUAAAAGCUGCAUCAAUUCAAUAAUUUGUUUAUUAUAAUUAAUAAAAAAUAAAGCAUUGUGUAAUCUGAUAAGUGACAAAUAAUGUUUUCAUGAUCUUCAUUUGUGAUAGUAAUAGCCUAAAACACUAGAAAAAAAACAUAUUCCAUUUGUGUAUUUCAUGAAUCAAUUUUUGAAGUUUCCAUGUUCUUGAGAAUUAACAUACAUAACUUAUUCGUUGAAAUAAUUGGUAAUUGUUUUACGAGAUUCACAUUUUUUGGGGGUUGCUCUGGUAUCUUGUAACUAUCCCAAAUGUCGUUUUUGUAUAGUGAUAAUAUCUAAGUAGAUUAUAUUUAUAUCAACAGUUUACUACAGUACCGUAAGUACAGUAUGUUAUAAUAUUGAAAACAUUAAAUGAAUUUUCUAAUCAAG